GCAGAGCCGUGAACCUUGGCCCAAAGCCACGGCUCUGCAAAUCACACCAUCGUCUGCUUGCUUGCACGCUCGGAGAACUGACGAAAUUAAGAACUGCCACUUUGCCAAAUUUGUCAAACAGAAAAAACCCUGCAAUCUUUGUAUUUGAUUUAGGGUUUUUCACAGUGAGAUAGAAUGAAGCGCGUUACCCGAUCUUCUAUAUAUGCUUCUCAAAUUUUGAGGCCCAAGGAGAACAAGGAGCUGUAUCUUCUUCCACCUUCCCAGCAUUUCUUAGCUCAAAGAAGCUGCAAUCGCUUCUUCGACAUUUACCAGCUUGGAAACAAAGAAGCUAUAGAGAAAGAGCGUGCCCGGCUUGCAGAUGAGUUGAAUAGGGGGUAUUUUGCUGAUAUGUCAGAGCUUAAGAAGCAUGGUGGGAAGAUUUCUGUGGCAAAUAAAAUCUUAAUUCCUGCAACCGUAGCUGUUAAGUUUCCUGACUUAGAAGUGAACUACUCUGAUGGCAAAAUAUCAAAGCUGCCCAUUGGCUCCAAUGGAAAUGGAAAUGUGGCAGCUGCCAACAAAGCGGAAAUCCCCAAGGCAUCUUUAGUUUGCCUUUCAUUUCGAGCAAGCUCCCAGGGAAUGAUUCAUUCUUGGAGUGCUCCUUUUCUUGAUGCUUUUAGUGGUUCAAGGGAUGUUCAAUUCUAUGAGGUGUCAUUAAUAGACUCGUGGUUCUUAUGUCGGAGUCCAAUUAAGAAGUUGCUGCUCAGGAUUAUGAGGAAAUCUAAGCAUGAUGAAAGUAAUGAACCUAAAAGGCAAAUCGUAUAUUCGUUUGGUGACCACUACUACUUCAGAAAAGAACUUAAAAUACUGAACCUUCUGACCGGGUAUAUAUUCCUGCUCGAUAAAUUUGGUAGAAUAAGAUGGCAAGGCUCUGGAUUGGCUACGGAAGAGGAGUCGUCAUCCCUUUUAUCUUGCGCAAAACUGCUCUUGGAAGAUAAAUGAGGCAGUUGAGGCUCUCUACAUACAUCUUGAGGUGAUACACGAGUUCCAAAUUCAAGAAUGCUAGAUUGUAGCAUUUUACCUCAUCUCUUAUGUGUAUUUUGUGUUUAGUUUUAAUAUAUAUACUCACAUUUGGCUAUUGAAUGCAAUUUUGUUUCUUCUUUAGAUCAACUGCCUUUUGUUUUUCGGCUACAAAUUUGUUCAACUUAUUAGAAUCAAAUAAUAGUGAUUUUCUUACAGGACCUCUGACAUGCAUUCCCAGGGCCUAUGGUUUUAAUUGUAUGGAAAUGAAAAUACUGAAAUAA